CCUGCCCCAUCCAUGGAAAUCUAGGCCCAGACGAAAAAUGCCCGGACUCAGUCACUGGGGCAUUUGUUGCAGCGUGCCAGGCGCCCACGCUGCCGAUUUAGGGUUCUUCGUGGCAGGCCAGGGUGCGCUCGAUCGAGCGCCGGGGGUCUGUUUUGCGACAGCGGCAGCGCCUUGCGCGAGGUAGCAGCGAGUGUAGGGGUAGAUUUUGCUAGGAUUCAAGAAUGCCGAAGGUUUCUCCUCUCCGGAUGCUCAUAGGGAGCUCUCCCAGAGGCGGGGCCAAGCAUAAUCCGGGAAGCGGCCACACGGAUCGCGAUCAUCUCCUGGAACACGAGCUCCCGUCCUCGCAUCACCAAGAAACAGGCCCUAGCAGCAGCGCCACGCCCCGAGGGAAGAAGGGCAGUAGCAUGAGCUUCGCGACCGUGUUCCCGCAUUCCGAGAAUGUCCCGGAGAAUCUCUUGAUUACUCCCGAGAAGCGACCGAAGGGAAAGUUCUCUUGGUACCAGAGACAAGUCAAGAAUCUUGGAGCCGAGAGUGAGCCAGCGAGUCAUCGCCCACAGCAGCCAGGGAUACCCAAGAACCCUCAUCAAAGCACGCAUAAGGCAGGUACUCCUCGUAGCUCAAAGCCCGAGAAGGACUGCCAUUCUACGGCCGGAAGCAGCAAUGAUGCGGCCACGCCCAGGAAGAUCAUCUCCAAAUCUCUGAAGUAUGGAUCUUCCACUCCACAGAGGGCAGGACAUAACAGCUCUAAAGUUUUUAAUUCUGCGGCCGUCCAUCCAGACUGCCAACCCGUUUUUGAUCUCGAGGAAGACAGUUCGUUUUGGCUGGAGCACAGUGUCCAGGUGCUUAUAAGAAUUCGACCACUGAGUAGCCACGAGAUUGCUGCAGAAGGAUAUGAUACAUGCAUCAGGCAAGAUAGUGCUCAUAGUUUAACCUGGCUCGGAAAUCCGGACACCAGAUUCACAUUUGAUCAUGUUGCGUGCGAGGCUAUCACUCAGGAUAAGCUCUUUAGAAUUGCUGGAAUGCCUAUGGUUGAAAAUUGUAUGCGAGGGUACAACAGUUGUGUGUUUGCUUACGGCCAGACUGGUAGUGGCAAGACGCAUACCAUGCUUGGUGAUAUCACUAGCAAAGAUAGUGAGAAUCGUGGUCUGAUUCUUCGAGCUUUUGAGCACCUAUUUUCUACCAUCCGAAAGGAAGAACAAGGUCGUAAAGACGAAAACCUUAGAUAUACAUGUAGAUGCUCGUUCCUGGAAAUCUACAACGAACAGAUUACUGAUCUUCUCGAACCUUCAUCAACGAACUUGCAAGUGAGAGAGGAUGCAAGGAAAGGUGUUUAUGUCGAAAGCCUUUCAGAGUUUGAAGUCAACUGCUUGAAAGAUGUCACGCAACUUCUGCUUCAGGGAGCAUCUAACCGCAAGGUUGCUGCUACGAAUAUGAACAGGGAGAGUAGCCGCUCGCAUAGUGUUUUGACUUGCGUUAUCGAAAGCACGUGGGAACGAGAGGCAGUAAUUAAUCGAAGAUACGGAAGGCUAAACUUGGUUGAUCUAGCUGGUUCUGAGAGGCAGAAGUCUUCGGGCGCUGAAAAUGAUAGGUUGAAAGAGGCUGUGAAUAUCAACAAAUCUCUAUCAACGCUUGGGCUCGUCAUUAUGGUAUUAGUGGACGUUGCUAAUGGAAAGCAAAGACAUGUUCCAUAUCGUGAUUCAAAGCUUACGUAUCUUCUUCAGGAUUCCUUAGGAGGGAACUCUAAAACAAUGAUAAUCAGCACCGUGAGUCCUUCGAUCUGCUGUUCCUUGGACACACUAAGCACGUUAAAGUUUGCACAAAGGGCGAAGUUCAUCUGCAAUAAUGCCGUGGUAAACGAAGAUACAUCGCGUGAUGUUAAUGUUCUACGACAACAAAUUUACAAACUCAAAGAAGAGGUGAACCGCUUACGCUCUCAGUCUAGUGGGACAUGUACAUCUCCAUCCUCCGAGGAUUGUGACGCUGACAAUGUGCUCUCUAGUGAGCAUCGAAAGAGAUGCACUCCCAAGAGAAGAAGAGACAUCAACACUCUUUUAUCGGCUGAGUUUUUGAAGCUUAACCAGCUGAGGGAGUCUCUUGAAGCUGAGCUAGAGUUAAAUUCAUGUCAGAAUGCCAGUUAUCAGAGGAAAUUACAGGAGUACCAGCUAGAGAACGAAAAUUUGAGGAGGCAAAUUGCCGAGCUUGAAGCUGCAUCCUGUCCCUCACAGGAAAAGAAUGAAGAAAAAACGAGAGAACAUCUGAAGGAAAUUGAACUCCUGGAACGAAAACAUCAGAAGAGCAUGACUCAUCUAGAAGCCUUGUUAAAGGAGAGCGAGGAAAGCAGAAUAGCACAAGCCACGAGGAUAAGAAGUCUGGAGGACUGUUCUAAAAACUAUUGCUCUGAAAUAGAAGAGCUAAAGAAACAAUUAAAGGAAGCCAGAGAGGUACAAGAGCAAAUGGAGAGCCAGCAGCUUUUUCUGAUUAGCGAGUUCGAACCGUCCCUGGAAGAGCACAAUAAGCUAUCUGAGAAACUAACGAAGUCUGAAGCCCGGGAGCAGAAAGCAAAGGACCAACUCCGGCUAGUUAACUGGGAAGUGAAGAAAAAGAACGAGCUCCACGAUUUGGAAAGAGAACUUGAGAUUCGGGCUUCUGCUGAAACUCUUGUCGGCUACGUUGACGAUGAAGAGAAACAGGUUCUCGAGGCGAAGCUGCAAAAGACGAGAAGAGAGCUUGAGGAUGCUCGUAUGCGGAAUCAACUAUUUCAAGGAGAAGAAGCCUUGAGGCUAGCUCAUGAGAAAGAGAUGGAGGAUACACGAUCCGAAGUAGAAGCUGAAACGGCAAAUGCUAUUGCAAGCAUGAACCAGGAGCUUGCUAAGGCACGGGAGGAAUGCAAGACUGCUAACGAUCAAGUUGCGUGCUUGGUUGAGGAGCUUGAAAACUCAAAGCUCAAGUCCGACAGCCUUACAGAAGAGAACUCGAGAUUGGCUAGAGCGUAUGACAGUUUACUUCAAGAAAGAGAUACGGAAGUUCGGGAGAUCAAGGAACAGUGCGAGGAUGCCACGUCCAAGGUGUUCGACUUUCUUGCCGAGGGGGACCAAGCACUUGUAGCUGCUGCAAAGGAAAUGGAGGAUAUUAUACGCGAGUCAUUUCAUGGAAAGAGCAUGGAGGUUUCGAAACAGUACAGUCCACACAUUGGAGCUCUCCAAGACAAACUCCAUCAGGCGUUAUGUGUUGCCAAAGAAGCUGAACAGAAAAUGAAAUCCAUAAGCGACCACCAGAAGGAACAGGUAUCGGAGGCAGAUCAGCUGAAGGUUCAAGUUGACGCGUACCACCAGCAGCUGAGAGAAGCAGAGAAAAAGGCGUACGUGGCGUUCGUAGUGGUCCGCGAGCUGACACGAAACUAUAUCCUGGCAAGCAGAGGCAAUAGCGUCGAGGUGGACAAAAGCAAGGAAAAUGACUGGAGGUUGGAGAAAGAGGAGCUUCUGGUGGAGUUGACUGAAGCGAAGCUGGAGGCUGCGGCCAAGAGUAAAGAAACGGCGACCAUACUACAAAAGUUCAAGGAUAGUCAGCAUAUGCUUCAGGAGGCCGAGCAGCUGCUCAACGCACUUGUCAAGGCCAACGAGAUUGCCAAAUCUGGUGCACACGGUGACGUGAGAAGAUCUGUGUCGGAAGUAGCUGCCAUACCAGAGAGGGCUCUCAGCUGCAAGCUUGAUAAGGCGAAAAACGACUUGCAGGUUAUCAAGCAGGAGAUUGGAACGAUUACGUGCGACACGGUCGACGCCAUCACGGACGCAGAGCAUGAAGUCCAGACUACAAUGCAGGCUAUCCAAGACAACCUGACAGAUAUCAUGUCAACUGUAUUCAGUUUUGGCGACGAUGUCAGGGGCGAGUUCGUGGAACUGAGAGACAAGAUGUACGAGAUGAUGGACGAGACGGAUUUGCUGAUUGGAGAAAUCCGCAGGAAGAACGAGCUUGUCAAGGGUCUAGAGUACGAUAUCAGCCUACUGCAGGAGGCUUUCUCUGAAGCACACGAAAAGAAGAUCGAACUCCAGGACGAAAACAACAGGAUGCAAGAAGAGCUCGACAUAAAAACCAACGAGAUCAAUGGUGCAGAGGCUGAGCUUCUUAAGUUACUGAAAACACUCACGUCGGUUGAGAACGAGCUCCGAACUUUGAAAGAAACCACGGGCUACCUGUCGACGGAGAACAGAUCACAGAAAAGGCUUAUUGAAGAGUUAGAGUUGAAGAACACAAGAUUGGAGGAGGACCUUGAAGAUAAGCGACAUCUGAUUCAGAGCUUGGAUUCGGAACUGCUUGAUAUGAGCUCCCUGGUGGAAAGAAAAGUUUUGCAGUCACAGGGGGAUUUUGAUUCGGGCGUCCUUUUGUUGGAAAGGGAUGAACUUCACGCCGAGCUAUGCAAGGUCAAGGAGCAGCUUGAAAAAGCGCGGUUCGCUAUGGAUGAACUAGAAAUGGUGGCAGAGAAGUCUCGCAAGGUAGCGGAGGAAUGCCAAGUUCUUUCCACUGAUAAAGAAGAGGAGGUCAAGGUUCUUGAGCGGUCUGUGCAGGAGCUAGAAAGUACGAUCGCUACUAUGGAAAAUCAGAUCGGUCUUAUUAAACGGGAUGGAGAGAUGCAGAAGAUAAUGAAGGAAGACAUGGAAAUGGAAGUGCAGAGACUAAGGGCAGAGCUAUCCAGAACCAAGAUGCUAGUUCAAGCGACAGACUACUCUGAUAUUUCGGCUGACAAGAUUAAGCUGUUACGCCUGGACGAAGAACUAGAAAAUUUUCGGCAGGAGGGCCUUCUAAAAGACGUCCAGAUAAAUUCCUUGCGCAAGCAUGUGUCGGAACUUAUGGACACAGCUACUAAAGAAGCUAGCGCGUACCGGAGAAAGAUUAAGCGACUAGAAGCGUCACUGGAGACGAGAUGUAUGCCAAAACCGUGCCAGCGUGCACCAGAAAAGGCCUGUGUCAAAGCAAAAGGCUCGGGCUCCCCGUUCAAGUGUAUUGGACUAGGGGUAAGUAAUGAAGAGCACUCCACAAACAAGAGACGGAUCGAGGAGUUGGAGGCCGCGGCCACAGUUCGUGAGAAAGAGGUAUUUAUGCUGAACACGAAGCUAGCUCAGGCCGAGAGUAUGACUUACGACGUUGUGAGGGAUUUACUAGAAGUCAAGCACGACAUUGCGAGCUUCGCGCAUGUACACCCAGAUGAAGUAUAGCGAUCUAUAGAGAUUUAUUUGUACAGAUUUUUUAGCGUAAAGAUUCGAGAAGAAUGGCGUUCCAAAGAGUGAACAGAGAGAAAUAAAGCGAUUUAAAAUAUGCUAA